AUGACAGUCGACCAUGACAUCAAAGUGCUUACCGAGAGAGGUGACGACCUCGUGGGCAAGGCGCGUUAUCAAGAUGCAGUGAAGCCUUUCGAUAAAGCGACAAAGCUGCUCGAAGAGCGUCGCGGAAAGUUGGAUGAAUCCACGCUGAACUCGCGGGAGCGAUUGGCUGACACUCUCAUGAGCGCGGGCGACAUUGUGGGAGCCACAAACUGUCAUCUGGAAAUUGUUAAGAGAACUUUAGAGAAUCUCCAGCGAUGCCAAAGCUUGAGUGGAUCGAAAAAUAGCGUCAUCUCGGCUGCACAAAAGCGACAUCUCGAUGCUCAGCGGCGAUUAGCAGACACUUACUUGGCCAACAACGAUUAUGGCAAAGCAAUCAGCACAUACCAAGCCAUUGUGGACACUGAGACCAGAAAACCCAUGGAGGAUGUUAUCAAAGAUCGUGUCGACCUCACUUCAGCUUUGUUCGGAUCGGGCUCGGACCGCAACAUUAUGAAGGCAGUUAAUGUGAACAUUGAGACCCUGGACAGAGCGGAGCAGAGCUUAGGAAGAAACCACAUCGAGACAGUGAAAGUCAGAUUCAACCUCGCAAAAGAACUCUUCAACCUGAAGAAAUACAACGAUGCCUCAACGCGGUGUCUCGAGCUGCUAGACAUACUCCAGGCAGAUCGAUACAAAGGCGGAGAGGAAUCUGACCACCUGGAGUGCCUCAAAGACACCAAAAAGUUGCUAAGAAACUGUUCAGCUAAGAUCAUUUUGCAAGAAGAGGAUAGUAAGAGGCGGAUCGCACAAGAAAAGGAGACAGCGAUGGAAAAAGAAAAGGCCAAUGCCGAAAGACGAGCGGCAGAAGCUAAGAGACGAGCAGCAGAACAGGUGAAUGAGGGAAGAGAAACAAAAAGACAAGUCGAUAAAGAGAUUGAGGCCAUAAAGAAGGCAACUCAAACUGAGUGGAAGCAGAAAGGAAGGACAGACCCAAAACAUCGAAACCAAGACCCACCAGCAACGCAGAAGAAAGAAAGCAAUAGCCGAAGGCAGUCAGAUGUCGGGAAGAAAGUUUCGAGCCCGAUAAAUCCAUCAAGUCCAAGUCCAAAAUCCGACAAGCGGGCUCCCAAUACGCCACAAAGUCCGAAAAGAUCCUUGCCGAAGGUGGAAUCUGUCUCUGACCGCCCGCGUGCGAAAGAUACAUCGAAGGACGAUUCGGCUCGAUCAACAAGGAAUGAGCAAGCGAAACACCAAUCCUCUGCUUCUACCGUCUCGCAGUCUCCAAGCCUUACUAAAGAGAAACUCAGAGAGCUCGACAGAAAAUACUCUACAUCAAGUCCUCUGGGUAGUAAGGUUCUAUCGAAGGAUUCACUAGCAAUCGAGUCGAAGACUGAUCUACCGAAGCGUCUGCGUUCUGCCUCUGUCGUUAUCCGUGGUUCAGAUCGUACUGAAGAAAGAUCUGAGCAGUCUAACCGAAGACAUUCUAGUCGGAACGAACUGAUCGAACGCAGUCAGAGCGCUACUCCAGAUAAAGGGCGACGAUCAUCUUCUACGGUCAGCCGUUCUCCAGAUCUUAUUAGAAAGAAACCUUCAGAGCUAGAGAGAGUAAGUCCUACACGAAAUGGAAAGGCGCGCACAACGACUCCGGGCCAGAAAUUGCAAGAGAAGGCUGAAGCGAGGAAGGCGCAGCCAGCACCGGAGUCGGGGGUUACACGAGAAGUCGGCAUACCAGACCAAAAACAUGAACAAGUGGAUUCCAAGCGGAAAAAAGUUAGCGACAACUCGAAAUCAGUGCAGGAAUCGCAAACGCCGGAUAGGCCAGCGGGAGCUAACAGACGGGCUUCGGCGGGUGAACAAUACAGGGAAUCGAACUGGUUAGAGACACCCGUGGGAGGGAGCAAACGCCGUUCAGAACAACUUCCAUCCGUCUCAGAGCCAAGCGAAAGGCAGGAUUCCGAAGGAAAGGUCCAUUCGAAUCGCACGCAUCCAGGCGAUGAGAGGGUGUCGCGAACGGUUUCGGCACCGUCAAUAAGGAUAACAGAGCAUUCAUCUUCGAGAUACGCCGUGAAACGAAAGGAUAACCAAGAGCCACCUAUAGUUGACGUAGAAUCUCGAGUCAAGAUUGAAGGAGAAAGACCCACGAGCUCACACUCAAACUAUGAGGUAGCUUCUUUGGCUUCGAAUACCGGAAGAAAGCGAGAGCCCCGUUCUGCGUCGACCGAUUCGAGGCGGGUUCGUCGAUCAUCCGAAACGCCAAAAGACACUGAUCGAACAUCAGCGCAGAUACUGGGCUCCAAAGAUAGCGUAAGCAAUGUAGACCAAGCGGAAGAUUCCAAGACACCAGACCAAGUCCAGCAGGCAGUGGAUCAGUCUAGUCGCACAUGCGCUCCAUCUCUAAACGUAAGCGCUGAUGAUACUUCAAAAAGUGCGCGAAAACCACCCUCUCCGUACAGAGAUCUAUUCUUUCCGACUCUUGAGGAGAUCCAAAAAGCGACACCUGAAUCUCCAAAGGAUCUUGUGUCCGCUCCUCCGAAAAGCGAUAGAGCACAACCGGAGAAUGCAUUUGGUGGGGAGCCACAGAAUGAUGACAAUACAUCUGCCAGUAAAGCCGCUCGGGAUAAGCAGCUUCAGUCAGAGAUUCCAUCAGAACCGCUUCCCAUAUUUCAGACAGAUACGUCGGUUACCGGAGCCGCAGAGUGGACUGUUCCAGGGGGCUGGCAUCGGGAUUUCGACGAACCGGAUCCAGAUAAGAAGGCGAGGAGAGCCCGAUCGAACGAACGAAUCAAGUCAGAUAAAUUGCGGGUGUCACAAGCACACAAUGUGAGCCAUAGAAGGACUUCUUCCGUAGAUCUUCCACGACAGAGCGUACCGACACAAGAUGAAACAUCUAUGCAGGACGAUAGAUCUCCAGCUGAGGUCGGUGUCGAUGAAUGGUUCGAGAAUCUCCGUGAAAAUGCCCACGUAUUUCUGGACAAGUAUCAGGAUGACUCCUACAAGGAAACCAAAGCAGAGCGACGUGUAAAGAUUGCCGUGAUCGAUAGCGGUGUAGCUAGGAAAUCGACGAAAGGUCGGGUACCGGGGUUAUUGAAAGGGCCAAAGAUCAAGCGUGGAACGGAGCUGCAUCCUUCUUUGCCAUGGGAUACCGAUACCAAAGGACAUGGGACACAUGCCGCAGGUCUGAUCUUAGACGUCUGUCCCUACGCGCACGUGUACGUGUAUCGAGUUUGCGAGGGCAACGAACCAAUCGAGAAGCAACACGUAGCGGACGCAAUUACGGAUGCCGUCAAAAAGAAAGUCGACAUCAUCAGCAUGAGCCUCGGUUGGCAGCUCAAUGAUAACGAUGCACUCGAUGCAGCAAUCCAGCGUGCUCGGGAGCAGAAGGUGUUGCUUUUCGCAGCAAGUUCAAAUGAAGGCAUUUGGGCAAAAACUGGAAUGGCGUACCCGGCUCGUGCAAUGGAAGUCAUCGCUGUUGAUUCAGCCAACGCUGAGGGAAGACCGAGCAACUUCAAUCCGUUCGGCAUAGGCGGCAGAUCCAGAUUCACGGUGCCUGGCGAAAGGAUAAGAUCAACAUGGCCUGUGGAUCUUCCUACUGAAGAGCGAGACCCUGGAUUCAAGAGAUUGACAGGGACUUCCUGCGCAACCCCGAUUGCAGCGGGCAUUGCAGGCUUGCUCCUAGAGUUUUCACGUCAACGUCCCAUGUGUUUCGAUCCUCGAAUCGAGAGAUGGCUGAAGAGAGUUGAAGACAUGCGAUUGGUGUUAGAGAAACUCCUCUCGAGACCAAGCGGCAAAGACUCACUUGGUAACAUGCACCUCAACCUUAACCCAACCAAGCUAUUUUGCCGGGACUCUGAAUUCCCAGAAGGCGGUGACUGGGCUGAAAGUCGAUCUCCGAGGCUGCAGGCAGCUUACAGCAUUGCCAAGAUACUGAAUCAAGAGCAUGGGGGUGGAAUAGGUUCCGAGAUGAGUAAGGAAGUUGAUAAAGAGGUGGUCAGAAGACACCAAUGA